AUGGGGUGCUGUGGUUGUGGAAGUUGUGGUGGCGGCUGCGGUGGUGGCGGCGGUGGCUGCGGGGGCGGCUGCGGGGGUGGCUGCGGUGGCGGUGGUGGCUGCGGCAGCUGCACCACCUGCAGGUGCUACCGGGUGGGCUGCUGCUCCGCCUGCUGCCCCUGCUGCUGCGGCUGCUGUGGGGGCUGCUGCAGUACCCCCGUGGUCUACUGCUGCCGCCGCUCCUGUGGCUGCGGCUCCUGUGGCUGCGGCUCGUGUGGCUGCAGCGGUGGGAAGGGCUGUUGCCAGCAGAAGUGCUGCCGCCAGCAGAAGUGCUGUAAGAAGCAAUGCUGCUGCUAG